AGCGUUCGUGGAAGGUUGUGGUGGAUCUCUGAGCGUAAUCUCACGCGGCCUCGUCGCGAAAAUCGACUUUACACAUGUUUAUUCGGAUCCAGGAGAUUACAUCGAAAUACAUAUCAAAUUAAUAACAACCAUGGACAUGGAAGCGGUUAACGCCUUUAACGGGGAGAUGUCGUCCAUGAUGGACAUGACUCCACCGAUCUCUCGAGCCAAAAUGAUGUCUGUUACCAAAGCAGGAAUGAAAGCUAUCAGGCUGUACAAGCAUGUUGUUCAAAUUGUGGAGAAGUUCAUCAAGAGGUGUAAACCAGAUCUAAAGGUUCCAGGUCUCUACGUGGUGGACUCCAUUAUCAGACAGUCCCGUCAUCAGUUUGGCGCAGACAAAGAUUUGUUUGGUCCGAGGUUUCUGAAAAACUUCACUGUAACUUUUCAGAACCUUUUCGAGUGUCCAGAAGAUGACAAGGGGAAGAUUUUGCGUGUGUUGAAUCUGUGGCAGAAGAAUGAAGUGUUUGGCUUGGACAUUAUUCAGCCGCUGGUUGAUAUGGCAACAGCUCCAGUUCUGCCUGUUUUAGAGAACGGAACCGCAGUCACAGCAACUCCAGCCAUACCAGUAGAAGUACCAGUACCAGUGCCUGUUCCAGUUCCGAUUUCAGCACCAGUUCCAGCUCCGGUUCCAGUUCCAGCUCCAGUUUCGAUUCUGGAGCCGGCCCCAACGCUGGCACCAGCUGUUGUGACUGCAGCACCUCCGCCCACCCUUCAGACCCCAGUGCCUCUUGCUGCAGUCGCCCAGCUCCUCCAGGGCACAGGGGGUGUAGAGUUGCAGCAGCUGCUCCAAACUCUUCAGCAGGCUGGAGGGGCGGGGCCUCCUCAGCCCACAGCCCCGCCCACUGAGAAGAAACCAUCAUUAGCAAAGUCGCUGCUGGAUCGAUUUGAUUAUGAUGAUGAACCCGAACCGGUUGAGGAAAAGCCUGAACCUGCUCCUGCUGCUCCCAUUACCAUAAAUCUCCCUCCCGAAUUACAACAAGCUUUGCAAGCUCACCUAUUGAGUCAAAUUGUUAACCAGACGCAGAUGCAGGCUCAGAUGCCGCCACAGGUUCAGAUGCCACCGCAGGUUCAGAUGCCACCGCAGGUUCAGAUGCCAUCACAAAUUCAGAUGCAACCACAAAUUCAGAUGCAACCACAAAUUCAGAUGCAACCACAGGUUCAAAUGCCGCCACAGAUUCAGGUGCCGUUUCAGGGUGAAAUGGCACCUCAGGAGUUUCCAGCAAUGGUUCAGACCAAGCAGAUACCAGAUAACACUCAAAACUUUGAGGAGAGCAUGGAAAUGCCCACUACUACCCAUCAGCCCCAGGCUUUAGCUGAAACUGAACGCUCGGCGCAUGAUGGGAGAGAUAGAAGACACGGCAGACGAACAAGAUCAAGGUCUCCACAUAGACAAUCGUCAUCAUCAUCACGCUCCCGAAGAUCCCGGUCUGGUUCACGUUCCCACCGAGAGCGCUCCAGGUAUCAUCGCACACGCUCUCGAUCCAGAGAACGCAGAGGACGCUCCCCACGACCCCGAUCUGAGGAAAGGAGAGAGCGGGACAAAGAACGAGAGCGGGAACGGAGACAGAAAGCAGAGCCAUCUGUCAAAAAGGAAACUCUCAGUGUGUGCACUACAACAUUAUGGAUUGGACAGCUGGACAAAAAGACUCAACGGCAGGAUAUCACAAGUCUGAUGGAGGAGUUUGGACAGAUUGAAUCCAUCAAUAUGAUUCCUCCUCGAGGUUGUGCCUAUGUGGCCAUGGUGCACAGACAAGAUGCACAGACGGCCCUGAACAAACUCAGCAAAACAUCUGUUAAAGUCAACCAGAAAACCAUUAAGAUUGCAUGGGCCAUGAAUAAAGGCAUAAAGUCGGAGCACAAGAAGUUCUGGGAUGUGGAGCGGGGCAUCACUUUCAUCCCCUGGGGAAAAGUCAAACCUAAUGACAUUCAGAGUCUUCAAGAAGGAGGCUUGCUUGAUCCUGAAACACUCAAACCAGAGUGGAAAGCUGCUUUGGCCAAAAAGUCUGUGCCAGGAUCAGAAGGACCUGAAGGAAAUCAAGAAGACGGAGCUGCGCUACCAAUGGUAUCACAGAGUCCUCCAGUUCAGCCUGUUCCUGUUCCUGUGAUGAAUGUGGUCUCGGGACCUCCUCCUAUCAUGAGUUUACCACCUCCAGGCCUGAUCACAGGAGCCUCCCCUCCGCCAUUCCUCCCUCCUCCAGUGUUCAGCCCAACGCAGAUGCCUCCAGUGUUCCGACCUAUUAUUCCUCCUGUUAUUCCAUCUGCUAUGCGUCCUGUUAUUCCUCCUGUUAUCCCUCCUGUUAUCCCAGUGGCCUCAGUAAAUCCAGCAGUUCCUCCUCCAUCCAUCCCAGAAACUGCUGUUGAAGAAGCUUCAGAAGAACCUCCCGAAUCUCCCACCUCUCAUGUGGACUCUAUGGGACACCAAGCGCUCAGUCCGCCUCCUGGUUUGGGGGCGGGGCUUAUGAGGCCCAGAUUAGGACCGCCACAUACCCCAGUGAGACUCCGCCCACCAUUCAUGCCUGCUUUCCCUAAUAUGCCUCGUCCUGUUCAUCCUCCUCCCAGUGUGGCUCCUCAAAUGAUGCCACCCCGGGCCUCCAACCCCACCUUCAGCGACGCCCCACCAGUACGAUUCCGGAUGCUCAGGAUGAGACCUCCAGGGCAAGAAUUCUCCCCUCAGAGGUUUCCCAGAGCCCCAAGGCCAGAGGAACCACACUGGCGGGAACAAGGAGCUGAAAGAGCCCCAGUCAGAUUCAGAAGUGAACCACCGUUUCUUCGUUUUAGGGGCGUCCCGCGUAUACGAAGCCCAUUUGGGAACUGAGUUGAAUGUUUUUUGUUUUUUAUGGGCCAGUGGCUUCAAAUCUUGACUGUAAAAUAGCAGGACUCUCCAUCCUGUUGACUGUGAAAGGAGAUGAAAACAUGAAAUCAACACAACACUGUUUCUAAAGUGAUCUAAAUCUCCCAGUAGAGAUGGUGAAUAUUGAUUUGAACAAGCGAGACGGAAGCAGGGAUUGUUUUGAAUCCUGCACUUUCUCGCUCCUUGUGAAACCUAAGUUAUGCUCACUACCUAGUAACUAACUUUAUAGGUCUAGUGUGUGAUGUAAAUAGUCCCGUUUGCACACUUCACAGAUGUUCUGCUAAUGAAGGAACUGUGUUUGGAAAACGUUCGCUUCGUCUUCUGUUGUAUAUAUUUGUAGGUAAAAUGAGUUUAUAGCUACGGUAGCCUUUCAGCGCAAAGAAGGACGAGUGUAAUUGAAAUCGUUAAAGCUGCAGGUUACUUUCUCAGCAGCGGUGGAGCAUCAUCUUUGGCCGUUUCAUUUUAUGAGGCUAUUUUUUUACCAAACAUUCUUGUUUCCCUUUUUCGGUCUUAAUUGUUUAUAUUAACAUGCUAAAAAUGAAAAUCAGUAAAUGUUGUGGCUACUUUAA